AUGGAUACCAUUGAAGACUUUGACAUCAUAGACGUGGAACUUGAUGAGUUAUUCCUAAAGAAACAAAUGCCUAGAUGCAAAAACGAGUUCUUGAACACGCUAUGUGAAGAAUGUAUAGAAGAUUGCUCCAUCCUUGACAUUCAAGUUGAUGAAGGCGAUGGAGAUGAGCCCCUUGAUUUGAAACCUGAAGAUGAGACAGUUGAUGAAGAAGGUACUUUGCAAAAAGGGUUAAGUGAAAAAGAGGACGAAGACGGUGCUGAUUUCCAAUACAGUAUACAUGAUCCAAAGAUCACUAAAAAAAAGGGACAAAUAGAGGUGGAGGAAGAGGGGAAAGAGGUGGUAGAAGAGGGACAAAAGGUGAUAGAGGAUUUAUAUGUGGAGAGUCAAAAUGUUCCCCAUAAUGAUAUUCAAGAAUCACAAGCAGUUCUUGAAAAUCAUGGUCAGGAAGAUGAUGAAGCUAAAGAAGUUGAUGCAAUCGAUGUAGUUGAGGAAGAUGAGCAAGUUGAGGAAGAUGAAGAAGAUGAGGAAGAGGGCGUGGAUGACACACAAGUGAUAAAAGGGAGACAAGUGUUGAAAAUGAGAAUAACUUUAGAGAGGACCCCAGAGAACAACUUGAAGAAGGUGGCGGCGGACAAGUGA